AGGGCCGGCAGCGGAGCCAGCGAGCUGGCUGGAGGAGGGGGCGGCGAACUUCCAGGGAGAAGGGGCUCUUUCUGCGCCAGGGCUGGAGGAAGAGCUGCUGCCGCCGUGUGCUUCGACUCCCGGCAGCUGCUGGCUCCGCUCGCAGCGCUCGGAAAGUUGGGUCAGACCUGAACCCCUAAAAGCGGAACCGCCUCCCACCUUCGCGCCAGCCGCCCGCCGGGAGCUGAGUCGCCGGCGGCGGCGGCGGCGGCGGCGGACGGACCCGGGAGUUUCGUCUCGCACUGGAUGGAGCUGAACUUUGGGCGGCCAGAGCAGCGCGGCCGUCCGGGCAACGCUGUAUGCUGAGCUCCCCCGGAGAGACCCAGCGGCGGCUCGGGAUUUUUUGGGGGGCGGGGACCAGCUGCGCGCCGGCACCAUGUUCCUGGCGACCUUGUACUUCGCGCUGCCGCUCCUGGACCUGCUCCUGUCGGCGGAGGUGAGCGGCGGGGACCGCCUGGACUGUGUGAAAGCCAGCGAUCAGUGCCUGAAAGAGCAGAGCUGCAGCACCAAGUACCGCACGCUGAGGCAGUGCGUGGCGGGCAAGGAGACCAACUUCAGCCUGACAUCGGGCCUGGAGGCCAAGGACGAGUGCCGCAGUGCCAUGGAGGCCCUCAAGCAGAAGUCUCUCUACAACUGCCGCUGCAAGCGGGGUAUGAAGAAGGAGAAGAACUGCCUGCGCAUCUACUGGAGCAUGUACCAGAGCCUGCAGGGAAAUGAUCUGCUCGAAGAUUCCCCUUAUGAACCAGUUAACAGCAGAUUGUCUGAUAUAUUCCGGGUGGUCCCAUUCAUACCAGAUAUUUUCCAGCAAGUGGAGCACGUUCCCAAAGGGAACAACUGCCUGGACGCCGCCAAGGCCUGUAACCUCGACGACACCUGCAAGAAGUACAGGUCCGCGUACAUCACCCCGUGCACCACCAGCAUGUCCAACGAGGUCUGCAACCGGCGCAAGUGCCACAAGGCCCUGCGGCAGUUCUUUGACAAGGUUCCGGCCAAGCACAGCUACGGAAUGCUCUUCUGCUCCUGCCGAGACAUCGCGUGCACGGAGCGGAGGCGGCAGACCAUCGUGCCCGUGUGCUCCUACGAGGAGAGGGAGAAACCCAACUGCCUGACUUUGCAGGACUCGUGCAAGACGAAUUACAUCUGCAGAUCUCGCCUUGCGGAUUUUUUUACCAACUGCCAACCGGAGUCAAGGUCUGCCAGCAGCUGCCUAAAGGAAAACUAUGCUGACUGCCUCCUCGCCUACUCAGGGCUUAUUGGUACAGUCAUGACCCCCAACUACAUAGACUCCAGUAGCCUCAGCGUGGCCCCAUGGUGUGACUGCAACAACAGUGGGAAUGAUCUGGAAGAGUGCUUCAAAUUUUUGAACUUCUUCAAAGACAAUACAUGUCUCAAAAAUGCAAUUCAAGCCUUUGGCAAUGGCUCCGAUGUGACCGUGUGGCAGCCAGCCCUCCCAGUUCAGACCACCACUGCCACCACCACCACAGCCUUCCGGGUCAAGAACAAGCCCCUGGGACCUGCAGGGUCGGAGAAUGAGAUCCCCACUCAUGUUUUACCACCUUGUGCAAAUCUGCAGGCACAGAAGCUGAAAUCCAAUGUAUCGGGCAGCACGCACCUCUGUCUUUCUGAUCGUGAUUACGAAAAGAACGGCCUUGCUGGUGCUUCCAGCCACAUAACCACAAAAUCAAUGGCUGCUCCUCCAACGUGUGGUCUGAGCCCGCUUCUGGUUCUGGUGGUAACCGCCCUGUCCACCUUUUUGUCUUUAUCUUUGGCAGAAACAUCGUAGCUGCAUUUAAAAAAAAAAACAAAAACAA